GACCAUCUCGAACAGCAGACGCGAAUACGUGUCUUCUGACCAUUCUCCUGCGCUCCUUGGUUUUCUUGGACUUCUUGGAAACCUUGCGCAAAAAGCUCUAGCAAGGCAUAUCGCAUUUUGCAAAAGACACAACAACGCGCAUAUACGAGGGAGCCUCUGAUUCCGCCAAUCUGACAAAGGAUCAUCAUCACAAUUGAACUUGCUUUAGCCACGAAGGAAAAGUUGGACAGGCGUGAGGAUAGUAUUAGCAAAACGAAAACCUAACGCGCCUAGCCAGCAAGGCUUUCAAGUCGACGCAAUGGUGCUGCCAAUUCAGCUUCGUCGCGUCAUUCACGCGACCUUGGGUGGCCUCGUUCUCUUCCAAAGCAUUGUUGAUGCCGCGAGCUCUUCGCAGCCGGCCUCGUCCUCUUUCAGCGUGAAAGAUGGUAGUGGACAGCUCAGCUUCGCAAUUAAUGUUCCAGAUGAUUCCAAUGAUAUCUUCUUCCAUAUGUCUGCUCCAAGCGACAGUCAGUGGGCAGCUGUCGGUGCCGGGGGUGGAAUGACUGGCGCAUUGAUGUUUGUGAUUUACCCAGCAAAGUCUGAUUCUUCCAAUGUCACGCUCAGCCCCCGCAUUGGCCGAGGGCAUUUUAUGCCAACGUUUGCUCCAAGCAUUGACAUUGAAGUCCUUGAUGGCACAAGCAUCUCGGAUGACGUAUGGACUGUCAAUGCCAAAUGCUCCAACUGUCGCAACUGGAACGGAGGUUCUCUUGAUGUAACUUCAAAAACGCAGCCGUGGAUUUAUGCCGUGGGCCCAUCUGGUAGUAUGGCAAGUGAUUCACAGGAAGCCAAUAUUCAACAACACCAAUUCUUCGGCCACUUCACACUGGAUAUGGUUGCAGCAACAGGCAAGUCCGGUGUGCCAGGAGGAGGCACGUCAAGCGCUUCACCGAGCUCCUCAACAUCAACCUCCCCGUCUAAAACAAGUAAGACCAGCACGGCUAGUCCAACAAGCGGUGGUAAAGGAAGCCACAGCGGAGAUGAUAAUAACAGCGGCAACUACUCCAGCGGCCCAAUUACUAGCCCCCCGCAUUGGGGCAUUGUUGCUCAUGCAGUGCUCAUGUCACUUGCCUUUGUCAUUUUCUUCCCUUUUGGUAUUCUUUGCCUGCGAGCCUUUGGCAAAGUCCGACUGCACUGGAUUGCUCAAGCCUUUUCGACAAUGGUUCUCAUUGCUGGUUUCGGGCUUGGCAUCUAUAUCAGCAAAAAGGGAUCUAUGUUCAACAAGUUCAACGCGCCACAUCAGAUCAUUGGUUUGAUCGUCUUCGGAUGCUGCAUUUUGCAGAUCCCUUUUGGCACUGUUCAUCACAUGAUCUUCAAGCGCACCAGAAAAUCCACGGCCAUGGGCCUCCUCCAUCGCUGGAACGGCCGCAUAUUCCUUACUUUAGGUUUCAUCAACGGCAUUGUUGGUCUGAACUGGGCCGGCGAUAAUCGUCAAAUUAUCCCCUAUGCAGUUGUCGGUGGCGUGCUUGCGAUCAUGCUGGCCGCUGCUAUCAUCUUCACGGAACGCAGGAAUAAACGCAAAGGCAAUUAUCAAGCGCAACGUCAGUCGAGCGUGAGCCACGAAAGGCACGGCUCGUCCGAUGACAAUGUCCGGCUGACAGAUCUAGGUGACCACUCAUCACCAGAAAGAAAAAUCAGGGUGUAGGACAUUACACCUCUGAAGGGUUGCACGGAUGCAACAGGCGUGAUAAUAUUUUGCAUGAACUUUGAUGGUCAGGUCUUUGUUGUUUUCCUGGAGUAGCAAGGCAUGACUCGGUCCGGGAAAUUAGGAUAGUUUCUGAUUGUUACAUUAGGAGCUUAGAUCGAAUUGCACAAGCAUGGUUUGAUUGAGCUCAAUCAGCGUCUGUCCCGAUGGGGACUUUGUCCUUUGGGCUCAAACCAUUAUGAUUGUAUCAAGCUGUAGUUUCAAUCUGGCAUUUGUCGUCGCUGGAUCCUGGAUCCUUGCUCUCCUUAGACGUAAAAUCACGCAGCCCUUUGUUUGAAUGGGCAACGCUUUCAGUAGUCAGCCGUAUCAGCCAAGUCAACCCGAGCAAGGAUCUAGAUGUGCAGUCAGGAAAUCAGCCGGGGCGCUCAACUGCUGCCCAACCUCUCGCGGCGAGCUUUAU